GCAUACGUUUAGUUAUUACAUAAUCUGUAUCUAUCAUUUCAUUCUUUUCAUAUUAUUUAUUUAUGAUGUUAGUUAUUAAUUAUAAAUUGAUAGUUAGCAGAGAGUAGUAUAGCAGUUGAAACCAGCUUAAGUGUGAAUGACGAAAUAGAUGCACUGUACGCAUCACACUCAUCUAAUAGCAAUAUGAGUUAUAAUAAUCCAACCAUUAUAGAGCCAUUAACUGAAAAUAGCAACCAAUUAAUUAAUAUUGUUCCAGAACCCUCAGUUUCAAGCACGAGCUUGAAAGUAUCAAAACUCACCUCCUCAUCUGCAUCAUUUACAAAAAAGAGAAAAAGAGAUGUAAGUACUUGAAUAUACAUAUAUUUAUGAAAAGUAAGUAAGACUAAAUAUGGGUGUGUAGUUCUUUCAUCAUUUGUCUCAAUGAGACGUAAGACAAAGUCAUCUCCUAAUAAUUCACAGAAUGAGUAUAAUACGUGUUUUGAGAAAACUUCAGAAUACCCGCAUGUUCCUAAUAAUGAGGAAAAUAUGGCUGGAUCCAUCAGUAUUCGUUCAACUAAUACACAUAGUACAGCAGCAGAAUACCAUGAUAAUGAUAACAUGUCAAGCAAAGGGCCCAAUGAACACAAUAUAGGAGAUAAUAAUACUAGUGCAACCUUAUCUAACUCAUCACUUGAAAAAAAUAACAGUUUUACUGACAUACAUUCAUCACAGCCACCUCUAAUUGUAGUUGAUGAAGAAGAUACAGAGGAUGUGAGUUCCGAAGGUGGAAGCAAUCCACGUAUACGAGUAGACAUUAAAAAUGAAACUAUAAAAGAGAAUGAUGCUUCACAAUCUGCUGUUGCCCUUACACGAGUUUCCACCUUAUUAAAAGAAAAAAAUGUAGCUGGAUUAAGUACAAGGAAGCCUCGUGGUCGAAGGAGUAAAAUAAGGACAACUCAAUUAUAUUCUGUUGCUGAGCAAGUUCAGCCACUUUCUCAAAGUGAUAAGUCUAGGAGGUAUAUCAGAAAUAUUCUUGUUUGGGGGAAAAUUAGCAUUCAGUAUAAAGGGCCCACAGAAAGUGAGAUACCAAUUUGCUUCAAGCUUAAUUGUAAUGAAAGAUUAGAAUCCAUUGAGACAACAGACUAUGUUGAUGUAUUGGAUGGAUAUAAAGGAGUGAAUGAGCAUGUUAUGUGCAUAAAAUAUCAAACAAGGUUAAAUAAUGACUAUUUACCGCUCAUCAUAAAACCUAUGUGGAAAUGUGACCUCGAUAAAAGUCGUUUACUAGUUAAAUAUCAUAAAAAUAUUAAUAUUUCAACAAUGAGCAACGUUAUUUUCGCUACUUCUAUAACAAGUGAUGUUCAAAAUGCUUCAAGUAUCCCUACAGGUGAGCUCAUUUUAUCGCAGAGAGAAUGGGCACAAUUUAUAACACUUCAACAAGCAUCUCCUCAGCCAAUUGCUGCCCGAUUUGAAGUGGAAGGUCAACUAUUGACUGAUUUGACUUUAGAACAAGGUGUAGAUCCUGUUUGUAUUGGGCUAAAAUUUGCAAUGUAACUAAAAUUAUGAAAGCAGGCAAAUAUAUUGCCGAGGUUUAAUUUAUUUUAAUUCUUUUAAUAAGGUAUAAUAAAUAAUGGUUAAUUUUAAUUAUAUAUUAUUACAAAAAAAAAA